CCAUAUCGGAGAAGUUGACGCCUAUUUGUUGCCGCAAUGGAAGAAUCGCUGGACGCUUCCUUGCCGGUCGACACGGCUGUGGCGAGCUCGAGAGGUCUUCAGCAGCAGCAGCAGCAGCAGCCACCGGCAGCCGCGGACUCGACCACACCCACCCGCAGCGUCACCCCCACCGCGGCCGCUUCACCACGCGCCGCAGCGGUCUGCAGAACUGCCUGCCUCUCGCUGUCCCUCCCAUCUCUGUUCACUCUGGGCACCGGCAGGAGCUUUGCGGCGCCCUGCCUGCUGUAUCCUGCCGCUAUGUGGAGGCCGCCCUGCUGCCACUUGUUCUGUAUGUUGAUGUCGGCCCCCGACUGCGGCAGAAUUCCGCUGUACAGUGCGGUGGAGUGUAGCCGCGUUCGCGCCGGUUGUUCGCGUCUGUUCCCCUGGCAGAGACCUCGAGGUCUUUGGCUGCGUCUCCGUUCUCUGUGCAUUUUGAAUCUGCUUCUCGAUGCCUUGCUCCUUUGCGGUAUUAUUUUCCACGGAAAUGUGUUGCCGCAGUGGAAAAUCUGAAAGUCUUUAUAACCGUGCCAAUUACGUGCUAAAAACCCAGUACUGUGAGCAGCGUGUAAGACUUGACGACUUGGUCCAGUAUGGGGAAGGAGAUUUUGAGGCUACACAGAAUUACUUGUCAACAUUUUUAGAACUGAAAGUGUAAUACCAGAGGGUGGUGUUCCACAUUACAUCUGAUUUGGGAAUCACCCUGCAAAACCCCCUGUUCAGGGUUACCUUUGCUGACCCAGAAAACUAAUUUUUGGCAGGCCACGUAUUUGAGGCAUAUCCUGUAAUUUUAAUGUGCGGAAUUUAAAAUUGAGCUGUGGCCUCGGGCGUAGAUCCUUAAGCGGGGAUUUGCAUACGAUUUAAUGUGAUUGAAGAUAUCCGAGUAAAACAAAUUUUCAUUUUGACACGUAAACGUAUUCACUAAAACCAUCUAUUAACUUCACAUACAAAAAUUGACUGCCAAACUGUUAACGAGUCUGUUGGUGUUGAAAUUCUGUUUAAUGACUGAGUGUAUAGCAGUGUUACUGGUUCACCUGUGAAUUUACACACUGAUAAACCACAAUGAAAACUGAAACUUUGAGGUGGGAUCAAAAAAUACCUGGAAUCGUGCAGUUGGAUGUGCACAUUUUGUUGUUACGUGUUGUGGUACUAGGUGGUGUUGCUUAGGGGUAUUCCACGUGGCUCAGGAAGCUGGCAUCAGUUGGGGUUCAGUGGUUUGUUUGUUGUGCUCUCUUGUUAGUGUUUCUGUUCGCUUCCUUUGGCAUUUAAUGACACGGUUGACAAUGAGCAGAGACUCUGCGUGAAAUUUUGUUUCCUGUCGGGGAAAACUGCAGCAGAGACUAUUGGGAUGCUUCGGCAAGCCUUUAGUGACGAUGCUUUGGAGAAAUCGCAGAGCGAAGAGUGGUUCUCUUAUUUCAGAUCUGGCAAAACAUCAACUGAAAACGUGUCACACUGUGGUUGUACUUAGACAUCAAGAAAUGAUAACGAUUGCCACAAUCAAUCAAACGAGCAAUUCUCAGAGGACCAUUGACCAAAUUUCUCGGGAAAGAAAAGUGUCACGGAACACAGUCCAGUAAAUCUUAACUGAAGAUUUGCACACGAGACGGAGUCUGCAAAAUUUGUUCCUCGCUCACUCGCAGGUGACCGAACAGAAAACCACGUUAAUGUUUGCCACGGCUCGAAGAGUGAAAUGCAAAACUGUCCAACUGCUGGAUGAGAGUCGGUACUACAGGUACAAUCUGGAGUCGAGGAGUAAAAGCGAGUGCGGAGCCAGUGGAAAACUCGAACAUUGCCACGGCCCGAGAAAGCACGUCGAGUGCCGUCCGACGUGAAAACGGUGUUUAUCUGUGUUUUUGAUAUGAAUGGAAUUGUUUACAAGGAGUGUGUUGUUCCAGACAGUUUGUGAGCCGAUAUUUUUAUGAGGAUGUGUUAGGAAGAUACG